UGAGUCCUAACGGUCAGUGUGUGGGAACGGGGCCGGAUGCAGAGCAGAUUCUCCGAGGUGGGGGAGUGUGUCUAUGUGUGUGUGUGUGUGUGUGGAUGCUACAGUGAUCCUCUAAGACUGACGUCUCUCCGGUAGCGCAGAAGAAGACCGCAGCCGGGUUCUUUCACACACUUUCAGCGCAGCCAGGCAGAAGACAGCCUUUGCCCGCAGAGCGAGACAGGAAUCCACGGAGCAGGAACCCAAACUUGAGCAGGGAGGAAGCUGUAGUUUCUCAGCAUGUUCAACCUGCGGAAAGCUGCGUUCAGGCACGCUCGCCCAGAGACUGUUUGAUUCCGCUGGAGUGUAGGCUGCUGCUGUUUCCCCCCGUCUCUCUUUAUUAAACGUCGGAUGUGAAGAACUGAACCUCCAUACAACUGAAAUGAUGUGGACCUCUCAUGACACUGUUGGAUUUGUUUUCCUAGCUGGAUUCUGUGUUCAGUUCGGAUUCUCCUUUGAAGGUCGCUUUACAGAUCUGCCCUCCAACAUGACAGUUAAAGAGGGCCAAAACAUAGAGAUGGCGUGCGCCUUCCAGAGCGGAACCGCAUCUGUGUAUUUGGAGAUCCAGUGGUGGUUCGUGAAAGCUCCAGAGCCCACUGACAGCGAGGAGGCCGUUGAUGCUCAAGAGGUGCAAAAGGGUGUGAGGGGUGCCUAUAUCCAGCACUCAUUGGGAAAGAAGAUGGAGAUGAUACCAGAGCCUGAUCCUGAUGACGAGGGGACAAAAAUAAGUACAGUGAAGGUCCAGGGCAAUGACAUCUCACACAAGCUGCAGAUCUCCAGAGUCAGCAAGAAUGACGAAGGACUCUACGAGUGCCGGGUGACCCGAGCCAACUACGGAGAGAUUGUGGAGUACAAAGCCCAAGCCUGGCUUAAGGUCAAUGCCACAGCCAGGCCUCGACGGCCACUGCCCCCUGCCAAGAAGAGCUCCCCACUGCACCUGACAGACAAGAAGCCCAGAAAGUCCACCUCCCCCCAGAGCCAAGACAACAUGAGUUCAGACCAAAGGGUGGCCUCUACAUCCACCUCCCACACAUCCUCCAACACAGCUAAACACAACCCUGGCUCAGGUACAAGAAUAUCGUCCAGCUAUGGACUUGCUGUCCUGCUUCUGGCGUGUGGCUUGGUGAGGGAUGCCUUGUUAUAAUUUAAAGAACAGUCAUGAUUUGCUCCCAGAUGUUGGCCCAGCUGUUUGCUUUGAAAGAGAACAGAGGAAAAAAAUUGUCUGUUUAACUCCCUUCGCAACCCACUCACUACAACCACAUGGACGGCACAGUUUGCUCCUCAUUUCCUCGCCACUUCUGCUCUUGCACUUAGCACAUUGUUACUAGCCACUAUAAACACCAGUCACAACUGCAACAGAAGAAUCCCCCUUUCUAAAGACACCUAGUCAACGCCAUCAGACAAGAAAGAGUCCAGGUGUUACACUAGGACUCUUUCUUGUUGGAUAACUCUCAUGGAAGAAUGACUUUCUUAAAGUUUUGCUGUUGAAGUUUCUGUGUUCAUUGCUCAAAAGUAAACAAGAAAAACGAAGAAUCUAUAUUUGUGUAGUAUAUAUGAUCCUAGAUAUAUGUCUGUUUUAUUUGAAACACAUAGAACUAAUGUAUGUGCUGUAUACAUAGCUGCUGCUGAUAUUGGCCAUGAAUCAUUGUGAAUAGGCACUCUAGCCUUCUCCAGAUGAGAUAAACCUAAUACAAGUCUGUGUUAAAUUAGAUGAUUGAUGUUAACCUUUAAGUUAAAAGGUUCAUUCUUUUCAUUCAUCUUUCAGCCAUAUUAGACAUCCAUAUUUCAGAUGUGCAUAAUUUGACAUCAUGUUAGUUAUUCAUUAUCAGAUGUGCAUGCUUGGUCUGAAGGUUCAAAGAAGAGGAAAAUAUUUGACCUAUACUUGGAGUUUAAUGUUAUGAUAUUUUGAAGUGCAGUUUAUUUUUCUGUGCUAGCUUUGGUGUGAAAAUAAUGUCCCCUUGUCAUUUUAAUUUGUAAUGCACCCUUAGUAGGAAUAAAAAAGAAAGUCACUAUUUAUGAAUUAUUGUAAAUCCUGAUUUUGACCAGCUUUAACUGUCUCUGAAAGGUUUCAGCAGCUGUGCCUCAUCACAGAAGAAGAAUUUAAUAACCUCUACAUCAGGAAUGUCAACACAAACAUAGAAGAUCAAAACCUUUUCACAGCCCUGUUUAAAUGCCAGCUGUUUCUAAAGACAAAUAAGGACAUUAAGCUAAAUCAUUUCAAACCUUUUUCCACCAUUAAUAGUACAUAUUCUGAUAGUGUUCCACUGCAAAAAUCCCCAAAACAAACACAUUUAAGGGGAAAAAUUGGUCCUUUGGCCAAAGCCAUGUUGUCCAUGUGACAACCGUCUCCUUUAUUCUCCAUAAAUGUGGAUUCAGGAGUGUCGUUGGAAGAGGAAAGCGGUUUCUUCUAAAGAAAACAUCCAGACCUGGUUGAAAUCCUUCAAAAUCCUUUGAAUGAAUGGAUGAUGGUCUGAUGACACCAAAGCUGCACUUCUUGGACAACAUUCCAAAAGGUUUCUUUGUCACCAUUACAACCUGCCAUACCAGAAGUACAACCUGGCAGUGGCUACAUAAUGCUUUGGGGUUGCAUUUCCUGAGCUUAAACUGUGGCUUUCGUCAAGAUGUUUGAAAUUAUAAACAGUUUCUAAUACCAGGGAGUUGUGCCCCAAACCUACCAGGUGUCUUCUAGCUAAACAUCAAUAAAUCUGGAAUGCAUCAAGAAAUGUGCAUUCCAAGUGAGACUUUGCCAGAAGAAAAUCUAUUGUUUCUUGAAAGGCUGAGCUGAGCCCAGAACUAACUCUGUAAGAUAAUUUGUGGGGAGAGUGGGCAGGCAUUGCCAGUUCAAGGUGAGGCCCACAAUAACAAAAAUCUAUCCAAGGAUGUUGGACAAUUGUUGUACUUCUUUUUAUUUUUCUCUCACUUUUGUAUCGAGCAAGUUAGUUAUUUUGAUGUCUUGUUUAAGAUCAAUGGCAGGAUGGAGUGAGAUGGAAUAACGGAUCUGGGUUUAGUCUGGGGUAACAUGGAUGUUGCUCCAAUUUAGCUGAGCUACAAAAAAACCUCAAGCUCUUAAUUUACUGGUCUGUAUACAUUUAGACUCUCACUUGUAGUCAUGAGAUAUGGAUCAUAACCAAAAUAAUGAGAUACUGCACACUAGUGGCUGAAAUGAGCGUCCUGUUUAGGGUGUUGGGGCUCAUCAUAUUUAAGGAGGGAAAGGUUUUGAAACAACUUGUUUUUAGGUUUUUAGAUUUUCUGUACAUUUUGUACAUUUCCUAGAGAUAUUUUGAGCACAAAGGUGAUGAAAUAAAAGCCAGAUAGACAUAUAUCAGAACUUCAUUACAGUACCACCUUCAAGAGACAUGUGUUGGUUUUGUUAAAAAUUAUUCUCUUUGAGCUCAAAGUUCUGUUUUUUUCAGUUUUAGGUAAACCUCAUGUAUCCCAGGAAUUUUUUUGUGCAUAGAGGAUUUAAGAACGAAACACUUUGACAAUCUGACACAAAAGAAAAGCAGUGGCUAGCACUCAUAGUGCAGCAGUUUCAAGAUCUUUAACAUGAUCCAGAAAAGACCCAGACUAAAAUUAUUCUUUCAUUGUUAACUUUUGAGCCCCAUCCAUCAGCAGCUCAGAUUACAAAGCAAACUGAAACAGCCAUGGAUGACAGAGCAGCAGAUAUCUGUCCAGAAUGGUUGUGAAAGUGAAAAUGAUCCUCCAUGAGUUUCAUUCUGCCAUAGCACUGCAGAAAUUCUGCAGUGAGAUCAGCAUUUUAUACAGUUAUGUUCAAAAUAAUAGCAGUCCAGCUAGACUAACCAGAUCAGUCACUGUUUUUGGUAGAAAUUAUAUUUCUACAAAUAAUUUACUAGUACGUGUAGUAGAGUCAUAGAAAACCAACAGAAGCGACAUUUAUUAAAUUAAUGCUCCUGAAUCUGUGUAACUGAAUAGUUGGUUGAAAGAGGUGUGUUCAACAUAAUAGGAGUGUGGAGUUCAGUUACUGAGGUCAUUCACUCUGUGAAGAAGUCAACUGGCCCUUAUUAAGGAUGAUGCCAGCACAUGUUGUACAUGCAUUUCUCUGUGGAAACCAGAAGAACAGCAUACUUUGAUUAAGAUGUUGAUUGGAAUGUCACUGUUAAAGACAAGACGUGCUGAAGAGCAUAUCAUUUGCCAAAGAACUUCAACUGGCUUAAAGAAAAAUGAAGACACAUUUUGUUAACUGAUGAAAGUAAGAUUGUUCUUUUUGGGUCGAAGAGCUGGAGACAGUCACGCCCCAAGCACUUGUAGCCACAGACCUUUCUGAAGACAGUGAGGCACGGUGGUUCAAGCAUCAUGAUGUGGGGAUGUUUCUCUUACUCUGGUGUCUGCCUAUUUAUUGCAUACAAGGGAUCAGAAUACUUGAAGUGGUCAUGGUGCCUCAUGCUGAAGAGGAAAUGUCCUUGAAAUGGUUGUUUGACAAGACAACGACCCCAAACACACCAGUAAGCGAGCAGCAUCUUGGUUUCAGAACGACAAAAUCAGAGUUCUGGAUUGGCCAGCCCAAUCCCUGGACCUUAAUUUGACUGAAAACUUGUGGGGUGACUUAAAAAAACAAAUUGCUUCUGAGGCAAAAGCAAGAAAUGCAGAGGAAUUGUGGAAUGUUGUCAAAUCAUUCUGGGCUGGAAUCCCUUUUCACAGGUGCCAGAAGUAGGUCGACUCCAAGCAACACAGAUGUGAAGCAGUUCUUAGAAACAGUGGUCAUACAACUAAAUAUUAGUUUAGUGAUUCACAGGAAUGAUAAAUCCUAAAGAUGUUUCAGUUUAUACAGGAAAUAUUGGAGUUUGUAAAGAAAAAUGCAGACACUGUUAUUUAGUUGAUCAGCCUAAUGUCCAUUUUUCUUCAUUUUCUGUAAUGUGAUCAAAACAUUGAUACAUUUCUCUUCAACGUUUAAUUUAGAAUAUAAUGUGCAGUGUUCACGAUGCAUUGAAAUAAAAACUCUUUACUCCAAAUUUUAAACACUGCUAAUAUUUUAAACCCAGCUGUAUAAUUAUAUGCUGAACAAUAGGACAUACUGUAUGCUUUGCUUAUUUGAAGCCCAAACUGUGAGGUGGCCAUAUAUAUGUAGCCCUACAUUUCUGUUAUGGUAUUAGCAAGUAAUUCUUAGAAAACAUAACUCAACGUGCAAUAAACCUGUGUUCUUAAAAAUGAAAAUCCCACUUCAAACUCAUAUUUCACUGCAGAUGAAGCUGAACCCCCUUCUCCUGUAUAGUUUAUUGCAUUGCCAAAUAAGGGUUUAGGGAAAAUUGUUGAUUCAGCAGUGAGGUCCACAGGCUGAUGGAGCACAGCAUGCUUCAGGAGACCCUAGACGUCCUCUGAUCAGCAGCUUCCAGCAAGAUGUGUGGGUGACAGAGGGUCAGCCCGGUCUAAUCCCUCUAAUUCCAAACCACCGCGGGUGUGUUUGGACAGUUAAUCUACCAUCACUGUCUCAUAUUCGUCACUCUGCCGUGACUGGGAACUGAUUGUUUUUAAAUGAGACCUGUUAUAUAAUAUAGUUCAGAAAGUUUAUUUUGCAAGAAAUUAAAAGCUGUCUUUUAUUUUCCUGAAAUGAGAAUGGGAUUGUGAUGCUGAUUCCACUGAAAGUUUGUCUGAAUGCUUUUGGAGAGAGUGCACAGUCUGACUGGGAGGUUUGUCCAACCGUUGUGUAAAAAGUUGCAGAUCUGUAUAACUUGUAAAUGAAAUAAGAAGCAUGUUAACGUUUUAUUUCUGUUGGUUUUUCAGAGUCAUUUGAAAAGGCUGAGGCCAGUGAUGUUCUGUAUUUGUAACAAUAGUAUCAUGUAUUCAUGUUCACAUGUUAAGAAGUCCAAAGUGGACUUUCCAUUUCUUCAAAAUGAACUUGCAUAAAAUGUUUUUUGAAUCAAAAGAAGACUAUAUCCAUAUGUAUAUAAAUAGAUAUAUCAAAAUCAUCUCCUUCAUAAUUCCAUCCUAAUCUAGGAGGCUGGCUUGAUUGUGUACCCCCACUAAAUACUGAACAACAAAGACUUAAAUUGUAUUGUUAUUGGAAUGAGUCUAUCGCUAAUAAGAAGACGAGCUCAUUCUGACGUCUUGAGCGGUGGGUCGUUCUUCCAGGGAUUUUCUCUCACAUCACUCAAGUAUCCUUCUGUUCUGUUUUAAGAUGCCACGCUUUUCAUCCACUCUAAAUGUGUUUGUUUCUUCUGAUAAUGUAUCUCAUUUUUGAUGCGGUCCUGCCUGUCUGUUUAGCUGUCAAAAAUUCUAAAGAACUCUGGUUCUCUUUUCUUUGGUAUUGUGUGAGGCUUCUGUAAUGAAACAUUGCAACCGUUUGUAUUAUAAUGACAGUAUCAGAAUAAUAUUUAAAUAAAUCAUUUUCACAGAUGAAAUUCAAA